CUGUCAAAGAUGGAAAUUUUUGCAAUUGGCGGUCAUACAAGAUUUGCUUCGCAGUAAGCAGAUGCAGCUUCGCUCUUUCUUCGUUCUUUUUUUCACUUCUUCUUUCCCUUAUCCCGAAAUCUGACCCGCACUUCUCGAACUUGACAUCUUGGUCACUAAUACUAACCAGCCAUCUUUGCCUGCAAAAUGAAUGCUAUCUCCGACGAUAUUUGCAACACUAUUGAAGCACGGCCUAUUGCUGGUGACACUUAUCAGGUGGCUUUUCGCACAAGCGGUGUCUCACUGGCGACAAUUUCGCGACUUGCCAAGAAUCAUAAAGUGGAAUCGCAUCAGAAACGUAGCCGCAAACCGAAGAUUUGGGGCCACCUUGCACGUCUGCUCCUCAAAAAACUUUUGACUGGGCGUACAGCACUGCUGCGGAGGCUGCUGCGCAGUUGGCUACUGAGGGUACAGCUGUUUACCCUCAACCAAUCCGGACUCAUUUUGCCUGCAGCCAACUUUAAGGCUAUGAACAAGAAGCCUGCGAGGCCAUUGACUCCUGCCCGCAAGAAGAACUGGACGGCUGCUGACUGGAGAAAAGUCGCUUUUACUGAUGGGCGCGCUGCAUAUGCUCCGAAUUUUCAUUAUCCGACGCAUACAAAGAAAAAGAACCCCCUUACGGUUCAUCCGCAGCCUGCCUGUCCCUUUGGCUGCUUCCAAUCGCAUCAGCACUUCCCGAGCUUGUCUGCAGUCUCGACGAUCAUGUCCAUGCGUCAAACUUUCUGAUUUCACACGCACGAACACGAGCACAGUGAUCGAUCAUGACUACGACAGUGAGUUCGACCAUACAACAAUUAAAAACGUGUGGUGUAACAAGUUCAAAAAAGCCAAAAAAAAGUACAAGACCCAUCGAGGUUGUCAAAGGUAACUAACAACUCCAUUGGGUCGAGCUUGAGAGCCGCAUCCGAGAGAUAUGUAUAGAAACGAAUGAUAUGCAUACCGUACUACUGACCCGUUUCAUCCACUUUUCGAAA